AUGGUUUUUGGGGAGGGCAAAGCAAAGCAGAACGCGGGCUGGGCAAAUUUGAUCGGGGACAAAGACAUCCCCUCAAACAGCCCCUGGGACUUCCAGCUGGCACAAGUGCUCUACAAGGUACAGCUUUGCCGCAAAGUAAAUUUGUGGAGGUUUAGAAGUUGUGUAAUGCUGCUGCGGAACGUCUGAUCGUAUUUUUGUAGAAGAUCAUGCUGAACAUCAACAAAGUAGACACAGAAGGAUUAUCAGAUGCAGUGAUAUCAAUCUAUGAUGGCCUUGAAAAUUACGCAUACGCACGUCGUUCUCCGUCUCCGCCAACAACGCAUGAUCUUAUGCAAUUGAAAAAUCCAGGGCCUCGCCAUGGAGUACCGGUUUCGCAAAAAGAAGGAGACACCGGACAUGAUCGCGUAUUACGAUCAGAUGCAGUCCCUCGCAGAUUCCAUCAACAUGGUCAGGAAACAGUUUUCCUUUUUCUUCCAGCCGGACGAAAUUGCGGAGUGCCUCCCCAUCCGCGACGCGCUUGCCCUGCAGGAGAGACUGCAGGCCGGUUCCUGCGGCCUGAAAUUCGACCUGGAGUGGUACAUGAAGAACGGCGCCCACUUGCUCGCCGGCAGCUGGUUCGCAAAGAAGCACGUGGGAAGAACCUCCUUCCAGCCCUUCAGAAUCCAGGAGCAAAUGUCCGAUAUGAGAGUGCACAACUCCCCCUCCCCCUCAUUUGUCAUGCAAAAACCCAAAUCCAAGUGCUUUCCUGUGGCACUGUUGGCAUCACAGAUUCCGGAAUCCCAAACAGUACUACACUAGGCGCAUGAACACGGCGUAUGCAGAUGCUCCAAGUGUGGCGGUGUUUGUAUUGCUGUUCAUGCAAUACAAGUAAGGGGGAGGCGGGGAGUUGUGCACUCUCAUAUCCGACGCGAUCCUCACGGAAGGCCCACAGCUCGUCUGGGGUAUCGCGCCGCCCGGUACAGGGAAGACGGCCGUGGUGCCGCAUAUGCAUUGCAAAAGUAUUGUAGUCGUAUGAAUUGCAGAUAUGCAUGACAAAUCCAACUUUCUACCUGGAAUAGCAUGACAAAUUGCAUUUUUGUUCUUAGGAAAAUUUGUAUAUGCAAUUUAUACUAGUGCGAUAAUUUUGCAAUGCAUACCGCACCUGCUGAACUUAUUUCCGGACCACACGCUCGUCUUUAUCUGUGCCGCGCUCCCCGUCGUGCUCGGUGUGGGACAGGUAAGGAAUCAGUUUCAGUUUUGAAUUUUGAAGAAGAGGUCUUGCAGUAUGUUCAGUUGACUAGUAUCCCGGUGCGCGCCGGUUCCUGUACCCUGAACAACUUGAUGAUGUCACACCACGUACAUAAAUUUAAUUGUAACAUGAAUACAACAGGUUGCCACCUCCCUGGGUCUCCCCUAUGCCCUGGUGAAGAAUAAGCGCAUCACCCCCGCGUUCAGUUGCGGGCGUAAACUCGGGCAUCAUGUGGACGUCGAGGACAAACGGGCGGUGCAGUCGCUCCGAGAAACCGUGAUCCAGAUGAAUCUGGAGCGGAAGGCCAACCGGUUAAAAAUGGUCAAGCGAAAGCGAGCGGCCUUGGACUUCAAGCGCAUGCCCAGGAUUUGGCUGGUGUGCGACAUCAUGUCCAGUAGUUGGAUCAUUGAGCAGUUGGACAGCAGAAAAACGAUCAUGGUCAUCGACGAACCCCCCAUGGGAAGUGAUAAGGUAAACUAUAGCUAUACAAAAUUCGUAAUGCGCAUUUGCCUUAAAGAAGAGAUCUGUGAUGCAUAAACGCAAUUAUUACUUCUUAAACUUCUCAACAUAAACGAUGAAAAAUCAAUGCACAUGCAGGUCCCCUCCACCCCCGAGGACAACCCGAUGGCGAUGAACAUGGUACAGGCGAUGCUGAACCCCAUGUACAAGACGAUCCUGAUGUCCGCGACCAUGCCCCGGUCCUACCAGCUCCCUUCCAUCGUGGACACCUUUUGCAAGAAAUUUGACGCGGACCCGAAGAAGUGCGUCCGCGAGUGCUUCUCCACGCAGCUGGACCGCGGUGUGGUCCUGGUCCGGCCCAGCGGGAGGAUCGCGUUUCCCCACGAAUUGUGCGAGACCUCCGCCCAGCUCCAAGCGCUGGCGGACCGCCUCCCCGGGGACCCCCUUACGCUCAAGGCGUACACGGAGCGCGCGCUGUCGCAGUUGCUCGUGCGAUGGCGCGUGCUGGAGGCGUGCAAGGUCGCCCCGGCGAACUGGGCGCCCCCGCAAAGGCCGGCGGAGCGGUUUAAGGACCUGUCGCAGCUGAAACCGGAAACCAUCCGCGAAUACGCCAUGGACCUGCUGACAAGUGUAGCGAAGACCGGGGACGACCGCUUCGCGAAAGAAUUCUGCGCGAUCACGCUGUCCGAGGAAUUUUCCGGGGAGGUAAAGGAAACCGAACAGGAGGCGGCACAAUUCCCGAGCUACGACGUCAGCGAGCUCUUGUUCUCAAACGCACACGCGUUCCCGGGAGUCACGCUGGUCGCGGAUGGUAAUAUAUGAUCAGAUCUAUUGAUUCAUUUUUUUGAAGAUCAUUUUAAGUAUCGGUUACUUUUUGUGGUCAUCUCCGGCUACGGGGGCUUGGUUGCUGUAGUAUCAUAAUCAUGACGAGUGCCUAGUCGUGCUAGUACAACUUCUUGCAUGAGUUCGUCUGUAAUUGGCAUUUUACUUUACACCGAAAAAAUGCUACCACGACAGACAAACCCGCGGACAUUCUGGAAGUGAUGGCAGCGAAGCUGAUCGAGCAGAUGCCAAAGGCAAAAGACCUGGACAACGCUGUUGAGGAGAUGGAUGCGGAGACCAAAAAGCAGAACAAGAUCGCGGAAAAGCAGCAGUCAGACGACCCGCAGGUAGAAUUUUUCAGCAACGACAGCCAGCAGAUCAAAUUCGACAGUUCUUUGGUCCUGCACACGGAGCAGUUUUUGAAAAGAUGGUGCCCGAAAGCGAAGAAGGAGACGCUGAUGUACCCGCGAAUGGUGCCCACCGUGGGCGACUACAAGACCAUUCAGACCCUUCCGGUGGAUGACAAGUGGAAGAUGCUCGCGCUCUCCGGCGCGGGGGCCUUCGACCCGGUUCUGGACAAGGACCCGGCCCAACCCGUGUACACCCAGUUUGUGCACGACAAGAUGCUGACCAACAAACUCUCCUGCGUCACCGCGGGUAAGGAGUUCACGUGGGGUGCGAACUUGCCCGCCUCCACCGUGGUGGUCACCAGCAGCUUCGCGAACAGCACCUCCGUGUCCGGGAUGUUGCAGUACGUGGGUCGUGCGGCGCGUCGAGGACUGACCACGCACGGACAGGCUUUGUUCGAGGAUGACGACGCACUGAACCGAAUCCUGAAGAAGGGCGCGCAGCAAAUGUCCACCGAGGCCGACACCAUGGAGCGGUACGCCAAGUGGAUCUUGGGCGACCGAACCGCCGAGAGCUGGGGCGCCGCGGGAACCGACAUCGCAUAGAUGAUGAGGUGGAUUUGGAGUUUUAUUUGCGGCGCUUGAAGAUGGUGCCACCUAUUGGUCCUCGUCGUCGUGGUUUCAUUCAUUUUGCAUCAUCAUCACGUGAAAUAAAAUGUACAACUGUGGGGAGUGCAAGUGCUCGGAACGUAGACGUUUCAGUAGAAAAUUUAUAAAUGCACUUCAGUGUUGGUGUUGCCGCCCCUGCGAAGCAGGUCUCUGAAACGCUACGAGUCCUCUUUCCACGAUUAUGGCAUGAGUAUACGAAUUUUUCAACGGAACAGUAGUUUUUGCAAGUGAUCAUUUGAAUAACGCGCAACGACAAUGAAAUGAAUAUACGAAAUGUUGAAGAACUCUUCAUUGCGGGAGGUUGAGCCCCCAACGAACCCCUUGGUUCAUUUUCGGCGUAAGUGGAGCUUGGAAUCGCGUGGUCGUCCGCAGGAGAGUGUAAACAAAGGAUGAAAAAGCAAAUAGAAAGCGCGGAACUGUAGUACCAAGCAUUCACCCGAGGAAUUAUAUGAACGCUUACGCUUUCUGUUGCGCCGUUUCAUUUCUCUUUGUCGUUAGCCGAU